AACUCUGUGACUUCCUGCCUGCUGGGCCGGUGCCCUCUCCAACUCUAGAGCCGGCUCCCAGGGAGAACUCCGCGGAACUUCAGAAUCUCUUGGCAGGUCUGCCUUUAAAUCAAUGCCCCUGUCCCUGGGAGCCGAGAUGUGGGGGCCUGAGGCUUGGCUGCUGCUGCUGCUCCUGGCAUCAUUUACAGGCUGGUGCUCGGCAGGCGAACUGGAGACCUCGGAUCUGGUGACAGUGGUGCUGGGCCAGGAUGCAAAACUCCCCUGCUUCUACCGGGGGGACCCUAAUGAGCAGGUGGGACAGGUCGCUUGGGCUCGGGUGGACGCAGCGGAGGGCGCCCAGGAGCUGGCGUUACUGCACUCCAAAUAUGGGCUGCACGUGAGCCCCGCCUACGAGGGCCGCGUUGAACAGCCACCGCUCCCAAGGGACCCCCUGGACGGCGCGGUGCUCCUACGCAACGCUGUGCAGGCUGAUGAAGGCGAGUAUGAGUGCCGGGUCAGCACUUUCCCUGCCGGCAGCUUCCAGGCUCGGCUGCGGCUUCGCGUGCUAGUGCCUCCCCUGCCUUCGCUGAAUCCUGGUCCAGCACUAGAAGAGGGCCAGGGCCUGACACUGGCAGCCUCCUGCACAGCGGAGGGCAGCCCAGCCCCCAGUGUCACGUGGGAUACAGAGGUUAAGGGCACAGCCUCUAGUCGCUCUUUCAAGCACUCCCGCUCUGCUGCUGUCACUUCAGAGUUCCACUUGGUGCCCAGCCGCAGCAUGAAUGGGCAACCACUUAUCUGUGUGGUGUCCCACCCUGGCCUGCUCCAGGACCAAAGGAUCACCCACAUUCUCCAAGUGGCCUUCCUUACUGAAGCCUCUGUCAGGGGCCUUGAAGACCAAACACUGUGGCAUGUUGGCAAAGAAGGAGCUAUGCUCAAGUGCCUGAGUGAAGGGCAGCCCCCUCCUUCAUACAACUGGACACGGCUGGAUGGGCCUCUGCCUAGUGGAGUCCGAGUGGAAGGGGCCACUCUGGGCUUUCCCCGGCUGACCACUGAGCACAGUGGUACCUACGUUUGCCACGUCAGCAAUGAACUUUCCUCGAGGGAUUUUCAGGUCACUGUGGACGUUCUUGACCCUCAGGAUGCCAGUGUGAAGCAGGUAGACCUGGUAUCUGCCUCUGUGGUGGCGGUGGGGGUGAUUGCAGCACUCCUGUUCUGCCUUCUGGUGGUGGUGGUGGUGCUCAUGUCCCGAUACCAUCGGCGCAAGGCCCAGCAGAUGACCCAGAAAUAUGAGGAAGAGCUGACCCUAACCAGGGAGAAUUCCAUCCGCAGGCUACAUUCCCAUCACACGGACCCCAGGAGCCAGCCGGAGGAGAGUGUAGGGCUGAGAGCCGAGGGCCACCCCGAUAGUCUCAAGGACAACAGUAGCUGCUCUGUGAUGAGUGAAGAGCCAGAGGGCCGUAGUUACUCCACGCUGACCACGGUGAGGGAGAUUGAGACACAGACUGAACUACUGUCUCCAGGCCCUGGGCGAGCAGAGGAGGAGGAAGAUCAGGAUGAAGGCAUCAAACAGGCCAUGAACCAUUUUGUUCAGGAGAAUGGGACCCUACGGGCCAAGCCCACGGGCAAUGGCAUCUACAUCAAUGGGCGGGGCCACCUGGUCUGACCCAGGCCUGCCUCCCUCCCCUAGGCCUGCUCCUUCUGCUGACAUGGGGGAUUUCAGCUCAUUUGGGGGGCCUCUAAAAUGCCCCUAUUUGUUGAGGAAGAUGCUCCCCACCCCACUGACUGCUCGACUUUUUCCUCCAACCCUUCUGUCGGAGAACGCGAGGACUCCACUGACUGAGUCCUUCUCACGUGUGUGCUGGUCACUGUGCGUGUGUUUUUGUGUUUGUAUGAGUGUCACUGGCUGUGAGUGCCUGAAAGGGUGACUGUCCUGGAUGUGCACCAUGGUGUGUCCCUGCUGUCCUCAGAUGAGUCCAGUGAACCAUGGUGUGUGUGUGUGUGUGUCCCAAGAUUCAGGUGGCUGUGUGGAGAAUGCUGUUGUGGUCCUGUGUAGUGUGUGAUUGUGUGUGACCUCUGCCUGUGAACACACAGGUAUUUUCCUCAGACCCUAGAGCAGUAUUAGUGACGCAGAGGUUGGAGGUGAGAGAUCGAGACUGGGGCCCAGAUCCAGGUGUGCGGGCAUAGCUGGGCUGGAAUCCUGGCCUCCCAGGAGCCGUGCUCCCUGCACCUGGGAGCAGUCGGAGAAAGUGUGAAGCAGCUGCUGGCCUCGGGUUCUGCCAGAGGCUCCAACUGUUACUGAAGAAGCCCUCUGCUCUCUGGUGGCCUCUGGGCCUGCUGAAUGUACAUAUUUUGUGUAAAUAAACCCACACUGGGGGAGCUUCUUUAAGCAAUAAUGCUAAGA